UCGUCCAGUACCAGUUGUAUAUUAGGACUACAUGCUAUCUGCUAUAUGCUAUAUGCUAUAUGCUAUAUGCUAUAUGCUAUAUGCUACAUGCUACAUGCUAUAUGCUAUAUGCUAUAUGCUAUAUGCCACAGAACAUACUCCUUCCUUCCUCCAUUCCUCAAACGAUCUUCCACUAACAUAAAGAGAGACAAAAAAGCCAUCCAAUCCAAUCCAAACAACGAGCCCUGGACAACUGGAACUAUACGUACGUACGUUACGCUUUACUUUAUUAAAUACUCGAAAUACUCCCAACACUCAAAGACCCAUACUCAUGACCAACCACACUCCUCCUCCUCCUCCUUCUCCUCCUUCUUCUUCUUCUUUCUUUUGGAGAAAAAAACUCAAAGUAUACCCCGAAAAUUUGAACCCAAAUCCUCCCAACUCAAUUCAACUCAAUCCAACUCAAUCCAACUCAAUCCAAUCCAGUCUAAUCCAACAAACUAGUCAACCAACUAGCUCAACCAACUAACUCAACUAGCCAGUAACCCAGCAGCAAACAACGAAACCAAAACCAAAACAAGACAAAUGUAAAACAAGACGAAACCAAAACAAGACAAAAGUGAAAAAAAGAAAGAAGAAAAAAACGCCGUCCGCAAUGCCAAAGGAGAGUUAUAUAUAUAUACCUGUGUAUAUGAGUAUGAAUAUGUGUAUGAGUAUAUGAAUAUGAGUAUAUGU